CACCAUUCACUGCCAAUAACUCCCAUCCCCAGAAACACUCUUUCUCUUAAGCUCUCGUAGUUAAAUCUGCGAGCCAUUAGUUGAAGAAAACAAAAAAAAAAAAAAAACAAAACAAAACAAAAACACUAGGGUUUAAGAUGGGUUCCAAAACUCGCUCUUCCCUUGCUCUUUUCCUAACAGUCAACAUUCUCUUCUUUGCCCUUGUCUCUGCCUGCGGGACAUGCCCUAGCCCAACGCCAAGGCAUAAGCACAAGCCUGUUAAGCCAAGCCCUUCAGGUGGCUCAGGUGGCUCAGGUGGUUCAGGAGGUUCAGGUGGUUCAGGAGGUUCUGGUGGCUCAGGUGGUUCAGGAGGUUCUGGUGGCUCAGGUGGUUCAGGAGGUUCUGGUGGUUCUGGAGGUUCCGGUGCGUCUUGCCCUCGUGAUGCACUCAAACUAGGAGUGUGUGCCAAUGUGCUAAACGGGUUGUUGAACGUGACUUUGGGUCAACCACCAGUUACCCCAUGCUGUUCCCUUCUCAAUGGUCUCGUUGAUCUUGAAGCUGCAGUGUGCCUUUGCACUGCCCUAAAAGCAAACAUUUUGGGCAUCAACCUCAACCUUCCAAUCUCACUCAGCUUACUUCUCAAUGUUUGCUCAAGGAACGCCCCACGUGAUUUCCAAUGUGCCUAAAUCAUGGCCUAUGCUAUGCACAAGUUGCUUCAAUACGUGUUUGCUAGCUAGUUCUGGCUUUCUGUUGUCUCUUUUAUUUUAUAAAUUUCAUUGCUCAUGAGUCAUGAUGCGAUUCUUGUACGUGCAUGGAUGGUUAACUUCUCGUUAUUCUGUCGCUUUAAUUGGUGUUUGUUUUUAUUUAACAAAGUGUCAAAUUAAAUAAAUUCCCGAUGCUUUCUUAUGCAAAAGCAAAAGGAAUCAAAGAUGAUACUAGUGUUAUUUAUUUGACAGAUAAAUGAUUAAUGUUGCGAACAAUUUUUAA